UCUCAGGCCCAGGCCGCGCCGUAAGGUCGUUGCUGAGGCGGAGCCGGCGCAGAGCGUCGCCUCGCUGGGGCCGGGCAGGGGCGGUGGAGGCCGCGCCGGGCGGUAUGAUCGGCACCGUGCUCUGCUACGUGCUGCUGCCGGCGGCGCGGCUCCUCCGGGCCCUCCGAGAUGCUUUCUUUACUUGCCGAAAGAAUGUGCUUCUGGCGAAGAGCACGUCCACCCAGAUAGAAGGCGUCUUUGCUGCGACCAGAGGAAGGUCGGUCCCGGAAGAGCAAGAAGCCCUUCUCCAGCAGUGGCUGGAGGAAGGAGCAGGGAAUUUGCCAGCCAGUGAGAGUGCUCCAGCAGUGGGGAAAGUAUCAGUUACGUUCAGUAGUGACUGGUUAGAAGGUUCAGAGCUAUUGAUGACUAGCCUCAGUGACCUGAAUUCGUCUCCAGAAGUCACCCGGUGUGCUGGUCAGCAGUUCACAGAGCUACACACCUUGGCUUCUUCAGAAUUGCAAGAUCAUGCAGUGACUGAACUGACAAAAUUACCAGCAGAGGAACCAGUGGUUGUAGUAGGCAGUGCCCCUUGGGCAGCUGUGGUGCCACAGACGGAUCACCAGAUAGCCGGCUGUGCCACUAUCGACGUAGAAGUCCAGAAUGAAGACCCAGCUGUGCUGGCCUGGAGUUUAGCACGUGAUGCAGAGACAGUGCCAACGGAACCCCCAACCUGGCCCAUUCAGGCUACAGUACAAUUUUGUCCUUUCCCGACAGAGGUACCCUACCAUGAGAUUUUAUGGAGAGACUGGGAGGAUCUUUCUGUCCAACCCUGUGUGCUAGAGCAGGUCUCGGAAAACACUCCUCUGUUUGAAUUUCGCAUCAUGUCUUACAACAUCCUUGCCCAGGACCUGGUGGAGCAGGGCCUUGAUCUCUAUCUACACUGUCAUCCAGACAUCCUGAACUGGAACUACCGCCUUCCAAACCUUUUGCAGGAGAUUCAGCACUGGGAUCCUGAUGUUCUGUGUCUCCAGGAGGUACAAGAGAACCAUUACUGGGAGCAGCUGGAACCAACGUUCAAGGAGAUGGGCUUUGCAUGCUUCUAUAAACGGAGAACUGGAACUAAGACAGAUGGCUGUGCAGUGUGUUACAAGCACAGCAGGUUCCAGCUGAUCAGCUUCAGCCCCAUAGAAUAUUUCCGGCCUGGCCUGGAUGUCCUCAAUCGGGAUAACGUGGGCUUGGUGCUGCUGCUACAGCCUCUGCUCCCGGAGGGCCUAGAUCUGAAGGCAGUCAGUCCUUUGUGUGUGGCCAAUACUCAUGUGUUGUUCAAUCCCCGGCGAGGAGAUAUCAAACUGGCCCAGAUGGCCUUGCUCCUAGCAGAGAUUGACAAGAUUGCCAAAACCACUGAAGGCAGCUACUAUCCUGUCAUCUUGUGUGGAGACCUGAACUCUGUACCUGAUUCUCCACUCUACAAAUUCAUCCGGAAUGGUGAACUUUUCUACCAUGGGAUGCCAGCCUGGAAGGUGUCUGGUCAGGAAGACUUCUCCCAACAGUUGUAUCAACGGAAACUGCUGGCCCCUCUGUGGCCAAGCUCACUGGGUGUAACGGACAACUGCCAAUAUGUCACUCUGUGCCAGACAAAGAAAUUGGGCAGACGUAAGUACAGCCGGGACUUCCUGCUCCAGUUUCAUUUUUGUGAUGUUGCCUGUGAACGACCACCACAGCUGAUCCUCUUGGAAGGUGUGACAGAUGCUAAACCAGACCGCCCUGCACACUGGCCCAAGCUUGCUGCCAUGGCGAAAGACCCUGAUCCCCAGCCAUUCGUCCCAAGGUCUUCAGGCAUUAUCCAGCAUGGUCUCAACCUGACCUCUGUCUACAGCCACUUCCUGCCACAGAGGGGACGCCCAGAGGUCACAACGAUGCCCAUGGGGCUCGGAGCCACCGUUGAUUAUAUUUUCUACUCAGCAAAGCCUGUGGAGAAGGGGAACAGAGGGGGUCGCAGGCUGUACCAGGAUGGAGCCCUGAAGCUGCUUGGCCGCCUUUCCCUUCUCUCUGAAGAUGUCCUGUUGCUGGCAAAUGGCUUACCAAAUCCUUUUUGUUCAUCUGAUCAUCUCUGCCUGCUGGCUAGCUUUGGCUUGGAGAUCUCCAGCCUCAGAGAGGCGUGACUGAUGGCAGUUCAAGAGGAAAAGAUGAGUUUUAACCUUUGCUACGCAGCCACAUACAUACUUCUUACUCUCUGGCAGCUGCUUCUGUGUGUGCAGACAUACUUGCCUGUUCAGAUGAUUGAAGGAGAGUGAGGGUUCUUCCAUGUCCAUAGUGUUGCAAGCACAGGGCAUCUAUACACUCACUCAAGGCUGUGCCUUUGACUUCUCAGCUGACUGACAACAGGAAAGUUUAAAUUGGAAAGAAAGACAGUACAGACAUCUUGUUUUCUCUGCACAAGCUGAGAGCAGUACAGAGGGAAUUUUAUUGUCUAAGUGUCAAAGGAAGCAGGAAGAAGUAUCAACAUGAGGGCUAUGGGAAGUGCAGUAAGAACUAAAUCUAAAUACAAGUUCUGUGUUGGCUACAUAAAAACACAGAACCACACUGAUUAGUUACAAAAAGACACACAUGAUAUUGUUCUUAAAGAAAGAAACCUUCAAUUUCUUAGCUCUGAGCUGUACCAGUGAUAAGGAUGUAAAUGGUUUUGGAGCACCCUAUCAGUGCUAGAGUACAAUACUGAUGUGCAUGGAAGGGGACCACUCUGGUCCCGCUAGCACCAUCUCAACCCUGACCUGGAGGGAAACUCUGCUCUGCAGAGAUUACAGGGGAUUCAGUAGCCUUCUGGGCCUAAAUUUAGUUGCUCUUCAGCAGACAGGGCCAGGGCACCACUGAAGGAGAGGGGCUGUGAUACAAGUAAACACCUACUCAGAAAACAGACAAAAAUAUUAAAUUCCCUAAGGAGUUCAGCUUGGCUGUAGAGGGACCAUCUCCACCUUGCUCUGGCAGAGCAAACACCAAGCCGGAAUAGCACUUGCUUUCUAAGGUUAAGUUAUAAAUCCAUAACACAGGUCUUAAUGUUGACAGGACAACAGUGCAAGACCACUGGAAUAAGGGAUGUUAUUUCAGCCAGACUGGCACACACAGUACGCGUGGGACACAGGGCACUUCCCGCUUAUAUCUAGUGCCUGAUCAUCAGGACUACCUGAAAUACUUCACUUAGAAAGAGCAAGUGGCUAAAGCAGCCACCUGAAGUGAUGAGCCAGAGCCACUGGAGCACGGUCAAGCCUAUCUAAUCCAGACUCUUACCCUUUGGCAACAGGAGCAUUCUUCUGUUCAUUAUGGUUUCUUAAACUCCACAAUUUUAAGGACAAUCAUGUUUCAGUCUAUACAACACCACAUGUGAGCCUACCUUAAGGGGCAGGCGCCUGAUUAAGGCUUUCACUUGAAAUAGUUAAAAAAAAACUUCUUCAUAUUAAGUAGAUCUGAUAACACCAAUACAGCUACUGCAGGAACAGAAACUAUGUUUGAACCACAGUUCUGGAAUCAUUUAUUCUGGAAGAUCCAAGCAUACUAUGUACUGACCCAUACAGUGGCACACAGGUAAAGGAGUCAACUGAAAAAAAGCACUCCACUCCCAGCUAAAACACUUGCUAACACACCUUAAGUUCCUAAAGACUCAUUUAGCUUAUCAUAUCAGAGUUAAAAAAGGCUAGUGUGUCACAGGCUGAUGGACACCCAACCCUGCUCUUUAGUAUAUUAAGUUCAUAUCAGAGUGACACUGUAGCAGAAAGUUUUGCUCACUAAUCCAUUCAUCCAUUAAAAAAAUUGCAGUUGGCCAGGUAUUGAGGGACUUGUCUACAUAAAAGUAUAAAGAACUCUUAUUUCAAGGUUUGCAUUACAUUUAAAAUAGUUUUGCUAUUAGUAGGUCAGCAUUUGUUCAAGUCUUUCAAAGCUCACCUAGACUUCAUAUACAACAUAGGCAGUAUCUGUCCAUUCCUAGUGUAUGGACGCAGUUCCUUCCACAGAGCUCAGAAGGAUUUGUUCUGCAGAACAGACAUCAGAUGAGACCUACUGAACAGUGACGUUUACACACCAGAGCUACAUGAGCGAUCGUAUUAAUAUUUAACAUUAAAUAAUUAAUAGGACUACUCAAGAUCUAUCUUUUUUUGUUCUGCGGGCACUAAGGAGUAUGAGUUACGGUCUAGUUCCAUAUUUUCAUUCCUUCUCUGUAGCUCUAAAGACUGCAGAUGUAAAAAAGACUCAUCUCCAGCCUUUUCUUCCUUAUGGUGAAAGGCAGACAGACCAGAAACCAGAGCAGGUGGAUGAGGGAGGAAAGAAGUAGAAGUGCAAAAGUUUGUCUUUCAUUGUACCCUUAGCUUUCUUACUGCACAAAACUGGAUUGCCCUAAUCCUCUCUGUCACAGGGGGAUGCUGUCUUGUUUGUUAGCAAGGAAGCUAAGCAUUGUAUUGAAGUGAUUCAUCUUUUUACAAAGAUGGGGGGAGCAAGAACAAGAGGAGGAGAAUUGCUUGGUCAUUUUCCAGUUUCUUGCACCAUCUGCUAAACUGGAGAUACAGGAACAGUAAGGGGCAGGAAUUCUACCACACAGAGCAACAUUGUAGAAGGCUUAAAAUAGUGACCCUAGUAGAGGGCUCAUGUCUGCUCCUGUGUCCGUCUUGAGACAUCAUCAACAUUAGAUACAUAAGAAUCGAAUGCCUCCUAACGUACAUAAUUGUGCAACUAAAUCUUGAAAGAGGCUAUUCUUAUCUGGCUACAGCUGAGGAUUAAAAGACCUUGAACUCUACCUGUCAUUCAUUCCUUAAACAUCCAUUUCCUUUGGUUUUCUAAGCUAUUGGCCUCAGUUACAUCCUGCAGGAAAGCACUUAAUUACCAGGUGAAACAAAGCAUUUUGUUUUAAGCCAUUCUGCCCUGGUUAUCUAACACUGCUGAGCAUCCCUUUUGCCCUGCUCUCAAGAAAGCAUCAUUAGCUUGCAGCUGACCCCUCACUUGCCCCAUCUGUUUUGAAGUCUUCCUCCCUCCAACACGCUUCCCUUCCUUUCCAUCUAAAAAGGCUCAAGUCUGUUCAGCUAUUGAAUUUGCUCUGUAUGAAGCUCCUAAUUAUUCUUAAGAGCUUUCCAGUUACUCUGAAUUAACUAACCAACCAACCAAAGUCAUGGUGAGGAUACAUCCUAGCUUUAUCCAAGUGGCUUUUAUAAUUUUUUUUCUGGAUUUCAUCCACUUUAAUAAAACCUGACAUUCA